AUGCUCACUUCGAUCCCACCAGCUCUUGACGCCGGUGCUGGAUUGGGUGGUCUUAUUGGGGCAUUUGUCUUGAUUGGCUGUGGCGUGGGUGGUGUGAAGUCGAGUGUUGCCCCAUUUACAGCGGACCAAGUUGCUGAGGGUAAAAAGCAUGUCGCUACCCUAGAGACUGGUGAACUUGUUAUCGUGGACCCUGAGUUGACAGUAAGGAGGGUAUACAGCAUCUUCUACUGGUGCAACAAUGUCGGCGCGCUAUCCGGUUUGGCCAGCACUUCCAUGGAGAAGUUCCUCGAUUUCUGGACAUCGUUCUUGCUGGCGCUAGGAGCACUGGCAUUUGGAACACUGGUUUUGAUCCUAGGACAUCACAAAUUCUUCCGCCGAAGACCCGAAGCAAGCUUCCGGGCCAAGCUAUUGAGUGCAUUGGCAUGCGUUAUCAAGGGUGGGUUUUGCAUUGAUGCCGCGCAGCCGGCUGAACAACUCGAGAAAUAUGGACGUGUUGUUCCUUGGGAUGCACAGUUUGUUGAAGACCUUCGCCAAGCUCUGCAGGCUUGCAAAGUCUGGGCCAUAUACCCGAUUGUCUGGCUAUGCUAUGACCAGAACCAAACCAACCUAAUCUCUCAAGCCGGGCAGAUGCUUACCCACGGGAUCCCCAAUGAUGCCCUUGCAAGCUUAAACCCAAUCUGCGUUCUCAUCAUCAUACCAAUUACCGAAAAAUUUGUGUACCCGUACAUGCAAAAGAUGAAGCUGUCGCCUCGAGCCACUGUUCGAAUGACACUCGGUUUCGCAUUGGUUGCAGCAUCCAUGGCUGUUGCUUCUGGUGUUCAGCAUGUGGUUUACAGUGCUCCGCCAUGUUACGACAUGCCCCUGCAUUGUCCAGCAUCUGAGAAUGGAAUGUACCCCAAUCGCGUCAGCGUCGGUGUUCAGGUUCCGGUCCAUGUUAUUGGCGCACUGGGAGAGGUGCUAUGGUCCGUGUCUGGAUCCGAGUACGCGUAUAACAAAGCUGCACCACACAUGAAAUCUACCUUGCAGGCUGUCACGAUGUUGACAGUAGCUUUGAACUCUGUUCUCGGGCUGGCGGUUUCCCCUGCCGCUCGGAACCCAUAUUUGACAAUACUCUUUGCAAGCUUUGCUGGGGCUAUGGCCAUUACGUCCGUUGGAUUCGGUUGGUUGUUUUGGAACAGCGAUUGA